AUGUCUCACAUUCUUUUGUUGGGUGAUUCUCUCACGGAGUGGGGCUUUGAGUGCGGGUGGGCGUCACGACUGAGCAACGUAUACGUCCGCCGCGCAGACGUCAUAAACCGUGGGUUGUGUGGUUACAACACUCGUUGGAUUCUGAGCAUACUGAAGAAUGAUGAGUCACGGCACCAUUUACUUCCCGCGUACGCCCCACGUCCGCUGUUUAUAACAUUGUUGUUGGGUUCCAAUGACUGUGCCACCGGUGGUCAGGCCGUACCGUUGCAUGAAUUCAAGAGUAACUUGAGGGCGAUCAUCGACUUGGUACGUAAACACGCUUCUCCUGUCGGCGGUAUUUUUCUCAUGACGCCACCACCUAUAAAUGUUGAAAAGUGGCAUAAACGCCUGCAGCGGGAGUUUGGGGCAGACCCCAGCACCUGUGGCCGAUCACUUGAAAGGGUCCUCAGUUAUCGCGAUGCGGUUUUGCAGGUCGGAUGCGUGGAGAAAAAAGCGCACAAUGACGUUCAUGUCGUUGACCUGUACGAACGUUUUCUUGGAAAAGACGCUGAGUCGCCAAAUGUAGCCAAAGGGCCGUGGUGCGAUUACCUUUCUGAUGGUCUUCACUUUAGUGAGACUGGAGGCGCUUUGGUGUUCGAUGCCCUAAUGAGCGCGAUUGAGAGUUCACCCCACUCAGCUCAAAUCAUUCCAGGAAAUGUGGCGACUCAACUUCCAGACUUCAUGACGUUGAUGAAAUGA